GAAAGGUCCUUCAGCCUCUAGGAUGCAGCUGAUGGCUGAAGACUGACGGACGCCCCGCAGCAGGAGGACUGAAUGCUAAUCGCCAUUAAACCAGAUGGAGAUGAAGAUAUGACUGUGUAAAAAGAGGUGGAGGAGCAAUAGUGUAUGAAGAAGACUCCAUAUAUAUGCCAAAACACAGCUAGAAUCUCCAGAAACUCCUGAACAACGCAUGCACAGAGGUAGGUUGCUGCAUUAAAAAUGGAAUCUGUAUCUAUGGAAACAAGGAAAUCUGGAGGACUCGAGCCGGAGUUUAUCCCUGUGCCCAGCCCAAGGAAUUUGUCAGCCGUGAAGACGUCAGGUCCAACGCAUAAUGCCAUUCAGGAGCCAGGCGACAGGCCGGAUUCUCAUCACAACCCCGACCAUCCGCCCUCCGGCGCCCUUGAAGGGGGGCAGCACAACCUGACAGCAUUGUUACAGGAGGUGGAUUAUCUAAGACAAAGCAAUCAAAAGCUCCGAGAAGCUCUGAAGAGCAAAGAGAGAGACCUGGAAACACUGAAGUUGGAUGCGCAGCUGCUGGAACAAGCGACGGAGGCCAAGAUAGCCGAGAAGUCUGCAGCACUAGUGAGAGAAGUGUACAGUGCACAGCGUGAAAGAGAUGAAGCAAUUAUGGCGCGGCUUAGACUGGCUAAUGAAGAGAGGGAUGAGGCUCUUCUCCGUGUCCAGCAGCUCCAGCAGUACAUCAGAGAGAUGGAAGAUAUUAACCCUAAAGAAAGUGACAUGACUCUGCAGGAACUGCUUGAUAAACUGGAUGAAGCUGAAGAUGGCGCAGACAUUGUGCAGAACGGGGAUCUUAUUUUACAGCAUAUUAAGAGAAGUCAAGAAAGAAGAGAGCAAAUCACUGCAGAGGAAAUGGGUGCAGUGAUAAUAGAGCGGGACACGGCGCGCGCACAGUGCAAACAUCUGGAAAAGGAGCUUCAUCUGCUGAGAGAGAGCAAACAGAUCUGUACGGACAUUGUAACUGCACAGAAGACCUGCUUUGAUCCAGCUUCCAAGGCUCCAGUGACAUUUCUUCAACAUAAUCAGGACAAGUUAAUGGGGGACUAUAAAAAGCUGGAAGAAGAGAUCCAGACCCUGCAUAUAUAUUACAGCUUGCACCAAUCCUUAUCUCAAGAAGUAAAUCUGAAGGAUCAAUUCUCCAGGGCGGUCAACCUAUAUGAUGAGGCUUUAAAAAACCGAGAAGAGCUUCUUAAGGUAACCCAGCAGCAGAAUGAAGAGCUGGGAUGGCAGCUCCAUGAAGCCCAAUUUCAGAAUGCAGAAUUGAAAGAAUCCUUGCGAAAGGCAACGGCUUGCCAAAAAGAAAUGGAAGACAAGGCUCACAAGCUGGAGCGCCUGGUUGAUGUCCUACGGAAAAAGGUUGGAUCUGGAUCUGUGAGAACAAUGAUCUGAUAAUGACAUCAGUAAACCAGUCUUUCCACGGCAAAGUAUGGAUACAAGACUUAGCAACACAACUUCAUUCAUAUUGAGUUCACUUACAAAACUUAGAAACAACAUUUUUAAACCAAAGAUACAUUUCUUUAGGGUGUGGCGCAAACACCUUUGGAGGAAAUAAGCCCUAUACACAUUAUAGUGGAUACACAAGCCGUCUGAAGAUGCAGCUGAUCACCCGAUGAAUGAGCGAAACACUUGUUGAUCGGGUGAGACUUUCAUCACUCUGCUACCCAGAAAGAAUGAAGCUGUAUGAGGAUGAGCGAUCGCUCAUUCUCUUACUGUGGAGGUGAUCAUCACCCUCACUGAAUGAGCAGCCAGUCGUCGUGAAGGAACACUUCCUGAUAAUCAGCUGCUCCUCGGCGGGAGAUAAGCAGCUGCCAGAGUUGUCUGGCAGUGGUUUACUCCAGGAGCCCAGCGUGCAUGUGUAUGAGGAAGUCAGGAAGCAUAGUUACCAUUCGGCAAGCAGCCAUGAAAAAUGUGUAUGGGCACCAUAAACAGACCCAAGACACCACUUCAAGAUAACCAUCUC